AUGCUAUUCCACUUCGCGUCUUCGGACGUGUACGAAACCACGAUCAUCGACAGUGCCACCGGGGUGGUAGCGUUUCGGACCACCACUUGCCGCCCUCAGCGCCAGCGUUCCGGGACAUGGUCCAGUGAGAGUACGGCGAGCUCGAGCAGCAGUUCACGUGUCGACGUCGCUAGCGACCAGCAUAUCACGUUUAUCGAAGAUGGCGAGGGCCGCAUAGUCGCGGAGAUCACUUGGAAGGGGGCGACCGCCUCCCACAUCCGUAUAGGGGACAAUGAGAUCAACGGGACGAUUGAGCUCUUCGACUCUGCGUUCGUGAAGAUACUUCCCGACGAAACUUUGCUGCCGACUCGCUACGAGCACACAUGGCGCAUGACUCCAGACAGCCUUUCGCUGCUGGACGACGAUGAUGAGGUCAUUGGCGGCCUAUAUCAAAAUCACGUAUACCUGCCUGAUGAGCAGAAGUUGGCGCCUGCGAUUUCAUCGCGCGCGGGCCGGGACUACUUGGAUCUGGGGAACCUCCCCGACAAUGAAAUGCUGGAGAUGCUCAUAUGCUACUUGCUUCUAAGCAGCCUCCGUGAACGCAUGUACAGCAUCACGAAGUAUGUCUACGGAUCCGGGCAAAAGAAGAGCUCGCUGUCUCGCAUCGGUCGCCGCGCAAAGCGAAGCUUCGUCAACCUACGCAACACCCUCCGCCGCACCUCAGCCCCGUCAUGA